AUGAUCUUCUACUCAUUCUUCAAGACGCUGGUAGGCAAAGAGGUGGCGGUCGAGCUCAAGAACGACGUGGCGCUCAUGGGCGUCCUUGACUCAGUGGACCAAUACCUCAACAUUAAGCUGCUUAACGUGUCCGUCGUGGAAAGUGACAAGUUUCCGCAAUUGAUGAAUAUGAAAAACUGCUUCAUUCGUGGAAGUUCGAUCCGCUACGUCCAGAUCCCAGCGGCAGAAGUGGACACGGAAUUGUUGCAGGAUGCCGCCCGUCGCGAGGCCACGGCAAACAAGCAAAACUAG